AUGUCCGCCGGCGCCGGCCCUCACCACUCGGUGCCCAUGACGCAGGCGCAGAUCAACCAACACCACCAGCAGCAACAGCAGGCCAACCACCUUGCCAAGCUGAGGAGUCGCAAGCCGACCGACAAGAACCUCCCCGAUGGCGUCGAGGAGAUAAUGGUCGGAGAGGGCAACCUUGGCGCCUGCUACAAGCAGCUCCGCGACCUGGAGCGCCGGUUCGAUGCCACCAUGACGCGCAAGAGGCUGGAUAUUGUUGACUCGCUAGGCCGCAACGCAAAGCGGUACAAGACUCUGCGCAUCUGGAUCAGCAACACAGUUGAAGACCAGUUCUGGCAGAACAACGGCCUCAACGUCGACACAUUUGACUUUUCGUCCAACCUCGAGUCGUCCUACCGCGUCAAGAUCGAGGGCCGCUUACUCGACGAUGAAUACGAACUGGAGGCGGACGAGGAAGAGCCCAAGGCCGGCGAGACCGAAGCAGACGGCGACAAGAUGGAGACCGACACGCCCAGCAAGAACAAGGCCAAGGCUGCGCCGGCCAAGCGGCCCCGGCUCUCGCACUUUUUCAAGGCCCUGACGGUGGAUUUCGACCGCCAAAAGUCGCGACAGGGCGCAGAGACCAGCGUCGAGUGGAAGAAGCCGGACAGGACGCCCGCGGGGUCAGGCAACCUGCCCGCCAUGGCCGACUUUGACGAGUUCACGUUCAAGCGAAACGGCGACGAGAACAUGAACAUCACCAUCAACCUGUACCGGCACGAGGACCCGGAGCGCUUCGAGCUCAGCCCGGAGCUCGCCGAGAUCGUCGACAUGCGCGAGGCGACUCGCCAGGAAGCGGCCCUGGCGCUGUGGGAGUACAUCAAGCUGAUGGGCCUCCAAGAAGACGAAGAAAAGCGCAACUUCCGCUGCGACGACCUUUUACGAAAGAUAAUCCCCCGCGAAAUGGGCUACAUCCCGCACCUCAACGACUACCUGACCCCUCAUCUCCGACCUCUCCCGCCCAUAAAACUGCCCUACACGAUCCGCGUCGACGAAGAAUUCCACCGCAACCCCACCCCGACAAUCUACGACGUCCGCGUCGCAGUCGACGAUCCCCUGCGCCAGAAACUUCUCCCCUUCCUGCACAACCCGUCCUACGCCGCCAUGCUCAAGGAGGUGGCGCUGCUCGACGACCAGCUCGCCACCAUCGUGCAGGCCGUCGCCCACUCCAAGGCCAAGCACACCUUCCUCGCGUCCAUGGCCGACGACCCCGUGGGGUUUGUGCGCGCCUGGUUGAGCUCCCAGAAGAGGGACCUGGAGAUCAUCAUGGGCGAGGCGACGCGGGGCGGCGGCGAGGACGCCGCGGGGGAUGAGUGGCGCAGGGGUGGGAGGGAUAGCAUCUGGGCGACGCCGAAUGCGAGGGAGAGUGUCAACGUGCUGUUGGCGAAGCAGCCUUUGAAGUUAUGA